GCUGUUGGCCCGCAUUUCGAGUGAGCGCGCUACUUCGGACUAGUGCCGUUUUCGCGUCACACGGUAAGCUAAAACCGGCACGGCGACGGUAAGCUCCAGGGAGGCGCGUUAGCGUCGCCGCCGACACCUCCAGUUCCGAGCGUCGAAACAGGAUAAGAAGAAAAAAAAAAAGAAGAAGAAAGAUCUUCCUUGAGAGAGAAUGCGUCCCUCUGACGUUAUCGCGAGUCAGCGUGCUCUUGCGAUCGUCCGGGGGUGUGUGUGAGUGCGUGGAAUCUCUACUCGGACAUCUCAGUGGGCGGGCGUAGUUCUCGCAAAAGCAUCGCCUGUCGCUUUGUGGUCACUGAGUGCCGUCGGCGAAGGACUAUCGUCGCCAAGUUUGUCUCCCACAGCUGGUGGCCCGUACUCGUCGGACACUCUUCUCCAAAAACGGAUCGCGAUCUCCGAGGAAGAUGUUGAAUUGGUUCCGCGAGGGACCGUCCGAACUUGAAGCAGAGUCUGCGGCCAUCGAGGAUGUGUUGCAGUGCCUGGCCCGGGGCAUGCGCCUCUACAAGGUGCGCUCCGUCAAAAAGGUAUACCGUCGCCGCUACCAGCUACUCUUGGAGAACAUGCACCUCGUGUACAGACGCUCCAGGAAGCCCUUCUUUGUCGCCAGGAAGCCGAACGUGGACAUCUUUGAGGUCGAGGAGGUGCGCCAGGGCUGGAAGACAGACGUGUUCAACGGCGUCGAGCGCAAGUACCAGCGUGGCUCUCGCUCGCAUUACCUUCCUUUCAGCGUUGACAUGAGGGAGGACCGCUGUUUCUCGCUCAUUCUGUCACCUAAGCACGAGACUCUCGACUUGGUUGCCCGCACCCCAAAUGAGUGCGAGCUAUGGGUGCGCGGUCUGCGCCACCUGGUGGCCAACUGCAAGAACACACGCAGGGACCAAGAGUACGAGAGGUGGCUACGGGACCAGUUUCAGAAAGCGGAUGUCAACAAGAGUGGCUCUCUGAACUUCCAAGAAUGUCAGGGUCUUCUCAAGCAACUCAACAUCACCAUGGACAAACGUCACUGCCAAGCUCUCUUCCAUGCUGCCAAUUUCAAGAAGCACAAAGUAAACGGAGAAGACGUGCUGGACCGAGACGAGUUUGUAGCCUUUUACCACAGCCUUCUGUCACGGCCCGAUGUAGAUGCCAUCUUUAAAACGUUUGCUGGCCACAGCAUGAACGUGAUGGGUCCUGAACAGCUGUUAAAGUUCCUAACUCAGGAACAGAAGAUGAAUGUGUCCCUUGCCGAUUGCAAGCGGAUCAUCGAGAAGUAUGAAGUAGACAAGCACAAGCCACAAGGCUUCCUUGGAAUUGCAGGUUUUCGUGAGAUGCUUCUUUCAGAGGAGCACGACAUAUUUGACGCCAAGCACCGGCAAGUCUGCCAGGACAUGAACCAGCCACUGAAUCACUACUACAUAGCGUCGUCCCACAACACGUACCUAGUCCAGGGACAGCUUGUUGGCAGCAGUAGCGUCGAGGGCUACAUCAGGGCACUGAAGAAAGGAUGCCGCUGCCUGGAGCUGGAUGUCUGGGAUGGACCAGAUAACGAGCCCAUCGUUUACCAUGGCUACACUCUCACCACCAAGAUACUCUUCCGGGAUGUCCUCGAAUCGGUCAAGCUUUACGCCUUCAGAGAGUCGCAGUACCCCGUGAUCUUGUCCCUCGAGAACCACUGUACUCUUGAGCAGCAGAAAGCGAUGGCCAAGCAUCUAGUCGAAAUACUGGGCUCUUUAUUGUACAAGAAGCCAAUCGGUGACAAAGAAACGGCAAUGCCACCACCCUCAGCGCUGCUGAAUAAAGUUCUCAUUAAGGGCAAGAAGCUAAACAAAGACCUCUCCUUGGAUGAGGAUGAGUAUAGCGACGAUGAAGGCACUGCAGCCAAAACCUCGCAUGGAGCUGUCCUAGCCAAGGAGCUUUCGGACUGUGUCAACUACUGCAAGGCAACACAUUUCAAGUCAUUCGAAGAGGCCGAAAAGUGGCACUUCAAUGAAAUGGCCUCCUUCAGUGAAGUCAAGGCCAGCAAGAUCUCAUCGACUCCCGAGGGUGCUCAGUGUUUUGUUCGCCACAACAGCAAGCAUCUCUCCAGGAUAUACCCCAAGGGAACCAGGACAGACUCGAGCAACUACGACCCCAUUAAAUUCUGGAAUGUCGGCUGCCAGAUUGUGGCAUUGAACUAUCAGAGCUGGGACCAGAAGAUGUUCUUUAACGAGGCAAAGUUCUCCCUGAAUGGUCGCUGCGGUUACGUGCUCAUGCCAGAGUUCCUCCGAAAAGGAAAUUUCAGGAUGGAUUCUCCUGAUCCGUCUCUCAAGAAGAAGCUCGUUCUGAGGAUAAUCAGUGGCCAGCAGCUGCCCAAGCCCCUCGAGACCACUGACGGGGAAAUCGUCGAUCCUUACGUCGUGGUCAAAGUGUUUGGACAUCCGCUCGAAUCAAAGGUCAAGACACGGUUUGUCAGGAAUAAUGGCUUCAACCCAACGUGGGACGAGGAAUUCGAGCUGCCUGUACACGUCCCCGAGUUAGCCAUGUUGUCGUUCACUGUCAAGGACGAGAGUCGCACGGGCAAGAACAUGAAGCUGGCCAAAUUUGCCAUUCCCUUGGAUGCAGUGUGCGAGGGUUAUCGCCAUGUGCGUCUAUACAACAAUGCCUUCAUCUCCCUGGUGCCGGCAAGCUUAUUUGUGCAUGUCAGCUUCCGCAAGCCCUGAUUGUGUGCAUCGUCGUGAACUUCCAGUGUGAAGGAUGCCUUCUUCCGCAGAGCACAUUGCGAGCAUUACAAGCCUCAUUCUUGUCAUUGACAUUUGCAUUGCAUUGCAGUAUGUCAUUGCCAUUGCAGUAUGUGCCUUCUUACAACUCGUUUGGGCAUAUGCCAAAGCUUCUGUCUUGCAUGCUGUAAUAGGGUUGCUUUCUUGUGCUAACCGACAACUGCCGGAUAGCCCGUUCUGAUGUUUCUCUGCACUACAAAGCAUGGUUUGCAUGUGCACUCAUCUUCUUCAUCAACUUUUUCAUCAACAUAUUUUUUUUCACACAUGAAAAGCUCACAAAGGUUCAGCUUGGUGCACUAAAGAAGUUGCAGUGAAACAAGAGCCAAGGUAGUAUCUUAUCUGAAGUUUUGAAGCCAUGACGCGCACACUUAAAGCUGUUGUCUUGCCUAUUCGCAUAAGUUUCAUACUGGUGAGAGUGGGGAAUCCUCACACUAUGCGAUGGUUAUUUCAACAUAUGUAGUCUCGCAAAACUUUCCGACAAACUUUGUACAUAACAGGGAUGUUGCUUAAGACAUUGUAAGGUUCUUUUUUAAUGGAAUUUUGUAAUGUCGCGUCGUCGGUGCCUUAAUUUUACCUUACAAAUUCAUUCUCUUCAUUGUGCCCUUACGCUGCCCUAUAUGCUCAUUGUGCUAACAGACCACCACAAGUGAUACAUGCACAUGUUUGCAAGGUGAUUCAUUUUGCUACAUUUUUUUGUAAGCAGUACGUGCAUUCUCUUAAUUGCGUCAUACCUUCUCCGAUUCAGCAGCCUGGACUUUCCACUACCAUGCACUGGUAGUCCACUGUUUUUCUGAAAUGCUUUUUAAACAUGUCAGUGGUGAAGGAAAUUAAAAUUACAGGAGGUGUGUCAGCGGUGUUGUUACGCUUAAGAUUACUUUUUGGCGCCUCUCGCGGCAUUUGUCAUAACAAUGCAAUUUUCACAUACAAAGUGGACAUCUGAGGUCUUGUUGCAGAAUAGCCAGAGUGUGGUCUUGAGUGCAAGCAGUGACCAACAUGUCUUAGCAGUAUGCCAGUUGAGGCAGUGAAGUGUCCGAAAAAGAUUUGAAUGCGUGUUUCUCAGCAAGUGAAUGCAACUAAUUGCAUGGUAGUAGCUAAGGAAUGACGGCCAAGUUGUGGUCUCCUGUUUAAGCAUUGGAUGAUAUUUACCUCGCAGCACUUGUUCAUAUAUUGCAUGACCAGCUUGUGUACUACUGUUGUUAAUGAUGUAAAUCAUUUGUCCCUCAAAUGGUAUAGUUGUACAUGUCUGUAUCAGUAUGUGCCAAAAAGUUGUGUGUAAUGGUGUACAUUAUUUUGUUCUUUCCACCUGGCCGUUUCAUUAUCUGCCAGGUAACAUGUACAUUUUCUGUCUUUAUUAUCAUGUAAAGUGGUUUCCUAUGGUACGUGGAAAGCAAUUGCAAGCACUAUAUUUUCCGGUAAUGCUGCGGAGCUUAAGAUUUAUUCAAGUACAAACACAUUGUUAGUUGACUUAUUAUUCAGUAAUCGUGGCUAAUGACUGCACAUUGUCACGAUCACAAGAUGAAUGGCAUAUAUUAAAUUGAUGGGCACAAACUUCGUUUCAGUUAUAUGUGCUUCUGUUAGUAUAGUUUUGAAGUAUAUUUUUAUUAUUUUUGUAACAAAUUGCAAACUAAGUGCAUGACACCUAUUUGGUGCCAUUUUCUUUCUCUCAACAUUACACUGCCUCAGUUAUUGAAUAUUGCCCAGACAACUGUAAGUGCAGCUGCUGCUUACAGGAACAGCAUUGUUUGGUAUUUACAGGAAAAAAAAAAGCCGGGCAUUUUGCCUUUUUUUUUUUUUUUGCUGCUGCUUGGAUGAAAACAUCGUAUGUGACUGAGACAGCUUCUUGUGGCGCAUCAAUUUGCAGUCACCAUGCAUACAAUUAAGAUUUUUUUUUCUGGUUAUGAAGUGGCUUUAAAGUGAACAUUGAAUGCGAAUGAAGAUUAGUGGUGUGCCGAUGUUUUCGAAGUGGAUGGAAGGAGGUUUGUUUGGGGCGUUUUUUGUGAAUUGUCAAAGCUUACGCCCUCACACUUGCACAUGGCAUGUGACCAUUUGUCUUGAAUAAAAUGUGCAGUGUUUACCUGUGGA